AGGAUAACURCUCUAAAAAUAGAUUUGGAGGAGAGGUUUCUCUUGGGUCCUGUUUCGGGUUCCAGCUGAGCUGGCUUUAGGGAACUUGUUUGCUCCUGUUGCAAGACUACAGUGAGGAUAUUUCUUACUCUGUCUUCAGCACUAAUUUUUGGAAAUACUGACACACUCGCUCUGUUGGUGGAAUUUGAGCACUAAUGUUAUGGCUGACGACACAGAGACUAAGCACGGAGGAGGCAAGAAUGGAAAGAAAGAAGGCUUCUCUGGAAGCUCAUUUUUCACCUGGUUUAUGGUAAUUGCUUUGCUGGGAGUUUGGACAUCAGUAGCAGUUGUCUGGUUUGAACUUGUAGAUUAUGAAGAAGUUCUAGCCAAGGCAAAGGAUUUCCGUUAUAACUUGUCAGAGGUCCUACAAGGCAAGCUUGGGAUAUAUGAUGCUGAUGGAGAUGGAGAUUUUGAUGUGGAAGAUGCUAAAGUAUUGCUAGGCCUUAAAGAAAGAUCUGUCCCAGCACAGCCAACAUCACCAGAAUCUGAGGAGACUGUCCAGCCUGCUGAGAAGUCCUAUGUCGAAUCAGAGCACAAGACUGAUGAUGUAGAAUUGGAAGAGGAAAUUCAGUCUGUUCUUCACGAAGCUCUCCAUUCCCAGCCUGGAGAAACUCAUGAAGAUGUAGAUCAAAGUGUAAGUGACCAGUGGCAAGUAAAGGAAGAAAUACAUGGAGAAACUUUUGAGGCUCCUGCAACAGAUGACAUGCUCAGAGAAUUUGAGAAUGAAGUCCCAGAAGCAUAUGAGRCACCAGACUCAGUUCAGAAAGAUGCUGAUCCUGUGGCAGAUGAUGUUGAAGCAGUGGAGUCUGAACCAUAUGAAAUUCCAGCUUUAGAUGAGUAUGUUGCAGAUUUGGAAGAGAGAGUAAGUGAUUCAGACACUCCAGGUGACCCUGAGGUAAUGCCAGAAGAUGCCAUGGAACAUUACACAGAGGAUAGAGUGCAUGAAGAUUAUAGUGAAGGCCAAGUAGAAAGUAAGCAAACAGAAGAUGAUGUGGCCAUUGAACCAGAAGAAUCAGAAAAACCUGUUAAAGCUGAGGAUUAUUCAAAUGAUGUUCAAGUAGGGAAAAGUGAUAAAGAAACUGAAGACAAAACAGAAAAAGCUAAAAAGAAGAAGAAGCCAAAGCUCUUAAACAAGUUUGAUAAGACCAUUAAAGCUGAACUAGACGCUGCAGAAAAACUGCGUAAAAAAGGGAAAAUUGAAGAAGCUCUAAGGGCCUUUGAAGCAUUAGUGAACCAAUAUCCACAAAGUCCUCGAGCAAGAUAUGGGAAAGCACAGUCUGAGGAUGACUUAGCUGAGAAAAUGAGAAGCAAUGAGAUGCUUCUACAAGCUAUCAACACCUAUGAUGAGGUGGUUAGUCUGCCGAAUGUCCCUUCAGACCUGAUAAAACUGAGCYUGAAGCGAGAAGCAGACAGGCAGCAGUUCCUUGGUCGCAUGAGGGGUUCCCUGGUCACUCUGCAGAAAUUGGUUCAGCUGUUUCCUGAUGAUACUUCAUUCAAGAAUGACCUUGGUGUUGGCUACCUCUUGAUAGGAGAUAACAGCAAUGCUAAGAAAGUAUAUGAAGAGGUUCUAAGUCUGGCUCCAAAUGAUGGUUUUGCCAAAGUGCAUUAUGGCUUCAUCCUGAAGGCAGAAAACAAGAUAGCAGAGAGCAUACCCUAUCUACAGGAAGGACUAGAGUCUGGUGACCCUGGCACAGAUGAUGGACGUUUUUAUUUUCAUCUGGGUGAUGCCUUACAGAGAAUGGGAGACAAAGAGGCAUACAAGUGGUAUGAACUUGGAUACCAAAGAGGUCACUUUGCAUCAGUUUGGCAGCGCUCCCUCUACAAUGUCAAGGGACUGAAAGCUCAGCCUUGGUGGACAGCAAGGGAAACUGGAUACACAGAACUGGUGAAGUCCUUAGAGAAAAACUGGAAGCUCAUUCGGGACGAAGGUCUUGCUGUGAUGGAUAAAAAAAGAAGCCUCUUCCUGCCUGAAGAUGAGAACCUAMGGGAAAAAGGAGACUGGAGCCAGUUUACCUUAUGGCAACAAGGAAGAAAAAAUGAGAAUGCUUGUAAAAGUGUUCCGAAAACAUGUGCUUUAUUGGAAAGAUUCCCUGAAGCUACUGGCUGCAGAAGAGGGCAGAUCAAAUAUUCUAUCAUGCACCCAGGGACUCAUGUCUGGCCCCACACAGGGCCCACCAAUUGUCGCCUGAGGAUGCAUUUGGGCUUGGUGAUCCCUAAGGAAGGCUGCAGAAUACGGUGUGCCCAAGACAACAGAGCCUGGGAAGAAGGGAAAGUUCUUAUUUUUGAUGACUCUUUUGAGCACGAAGUGUGGCAGGAUGCUGACAGUUAUCGCCUGAUAUUCAUYGUGGAUGUGUGGCACCCGGAGUUAACAGCUCAGCAGAGACGUACCCUUCCUGCUAUUUAGGGGUUUUCUUCUGAWGUGUGGAACAGAGGAGCAUUAACUCCUUUGGAGUAUGAAAACAGGAUUAAUUUAUCCAGCGUACAAAGUAUACAAGCAUUCUAAGGGUAAGAAAAUACAGGGAUGACAUUCUACAGAGUGGACUUGGUUUAAAAAAAAAAGA